AUGGAUGACCUGAUAAAACACCCUAAGUAUUCCCAGUUCGAAGUACAUCAGACUAGCUACAAACGAGUCCGCGAGCAUGAAAUAGUGGCCGAUGUUUUCAUUCCGAGGAACUUGGUGGUGGAAUUGUCCACAACGAGAGGUCUCACGAAAGUACCGAUCAUUGUUCGGUUUCAUGGCGGUGGCAUGUUUACUGGCAUGUCGCUGUAUCCCGAAUGGUUUCCCGCCUACCUCUUGGAAUAUGCUUAUGAGCAGGCCGUCCCUAUCAUCUCCGCCGACUACCGCUUGAUGCCCGAAUGCAAAGGGUUAGACAUCCUGGACGACCUUUCAUCUUUCUGGGACUGGCUCCGGGCGUCUGAAUGCGGGCUUCAGGCAUUCCUAUCUUCAUUAUAUCCAUCACUCGAGAUUGACGGAACGCGUAUCAUAGCUGAAGGUGAAUCAGCGGGAGGUUAUCUCGUGGUUCAGGCCGCCCUGUCUGGCCUUCCCGGGCUUCGAGCUGCGAUCGCCGCCUAUCCGAUGCUGGAUCUUCGAGCUCCAUAUUACACGCAGAAAUUUGAAAAGGUGAUGACCGGUGUACCGAUGCUACCCGAAUCGAUCAUUGACAAUCACCUCGAGACCAUGAAAGCAAGUUCGGUAGUAUCAAGUGUUCUUCCGCCCGCGAGAGGUGAUCUAGGAACGGCAGUCAUUCAACAUGGACGAUUUUGCGAAUUCCUGGGAGCGGAAGACAUACUCUAUCCGGUGGACAGAGUCAAUCUGGGACUAUAUUCUGCUUUGCCAAAAGCAAGACUGUGGAUAUACCAUGGAAAGCAAGACACGGGAAUUCCAGCCGCAGGGAGCGUCGAAUUUGUCAGGCAAGCGCGAGAGUUGUGGCCGGACUCAGAAUUAAGGCUGGAUCUUCCAGAUGGAGAACACGGCUUUCACAAAUAUAAGCACGCAAAUACCACAGAAUGGCUGAAGAAUGGACUCCUAUGGGUGGAGAAAGCGUGGCUUCCAAUUUGA